AUAGUUAAAGAAGAACAUGGCAAAUUCGUAAUAAUGAUUUUGUCUGUAUGGUGAAUUUAUUAGUUAAUGUAGUUGAAUAAUAAUAAUAAUAAAAGAUAAACUAGAUGAUUCUUUAGACCGGGUAUUCUUACUGUCAAAUCUAAAUCUGAGCGAAUAUAACACAAAAACCCAGCAUGUAACGAGUUUACAUCAUUUUUUUUUCUUAGGGCUUUAAAUAUAAAAGCUUUAGGUAACUCAAAGCAAUAUUUUUUUUUCUUUUUCUUUUCUUUACUUUGGUUUAUAUUUAAAAAUAAAAUAAAAUGGGUAUUCUUGAUAUUGUUCCUGCUGGUGUUAUUACUGGUAAAAAUGUUUUGAAGGUCUUUGAAUAUGCUCGUGAGCAUAAGUUUGCUAUUCCUGCUAUCAAUUGUACUUCAACCAGUACUGUUAACGCUGCUCUUGAAGCUGCUCGUGAUAUUAAGUCUCCUAUUAUCAUUCAAUUCUCCCAAGGUGGUUCUGCUUACUUUGCCGGUAAAGGCUUAGAAAACAAAAAUCAAGAAGCUUCAAUCCUUGGUGCCGUUGCUGGUGCUCAGUAUGUUCGUACUGUUGCCAAAGCCUAUGGUAUUCCUGUUAUUGUUCAUUCUGACCAUUGUGCUAAGAAACUUUUACCUUGGUUUGAUGGUAUGAUUGAUGCCGAUGAAAAAUACUAUAAUGCCCAUGGUGAGCCUCUCUUCUCAUCUCAUAUGUUGGAUCUUUCUGAAGAGACCAAGGAAGAAAACAUUGAGACCUGUCUCAAGUAUCUUAAACGUAUGGCUGCUAUUGACUGUUGGCUUGAAAUGGAAAUUGGUAUCACUGGUGGUGAAGAAGAUGGUGUUGAUAACUCUGGAGUUGAUAAUGCUGCUCUUUACACACAACCCGAAGAUAUUUGGGAUAUUUAUAAGGCCUUCAGUGAAGUUACACCCUUAUUUUCUAUUGCUGCUGGUUUUGGUAAUGUUCAUGGCGUUUAUGCCCCUGGUAAUGUUAAAUUACAUCCUGAACUCUUGGGUAAGCAUCAAGCUUAUGUUAAGGAACAACUCAAAUCUGAGAAUCAUAAGCCCGUUUUCUUUGUCUUCCAUGGUGGUUCUGGUUCCACUGAGGAAGAAAUUUCUGAAGCCGUUAACAAUGGUGUUAUUAAGAUGAAUGUUGAUACUGAUACUCAAUGGGCUUACUGGGAUGGUCUUAGAAAGUAUUAUGAAAAUAAGAAGGACUAUCUUCAAACUCAAGUCGGUAAUCCUGAGGGUGAUCAUAAGCCCAACAAGAAGCACUAUGACCCCCGUGUCUUUAUUCGUGAAGCUGAAAAGAGCAUGACUAAGAGAGUUCAACAAGCUUGUAAAGACUUGGGUAAUGUUAGCACAUUGUAAAUAAUUAUGAAAUAAUAAAUGUAUCAUUAUCUGCGUCUAUCUAUUAUUAUCUUGGUUUUUUUUUUAUUGUGUAACAAACAAAUUAUUGGUACCCG